UCCAACUUAUUUCUUAUUUCUGUCUUUUUUGCCCAAUCUUUUCCUUACACUUCUCUGAGAAUGGCAUGUGCGUCUCCGUAAGAAAUGUUAAACUUUUAAAAAUGGAAUAUUUCUAAACCCCAAAACAUACCAGAAAACAAUUAAUGUAUUUAUUAUUUCGUAUAUUUUUUCGUCCUUUCCUUAUAUAAACGAUUUGGUAUUAAACAGUGCUAUUGCUGGAAAUAUGGUUUUCUGUCGUUAAGUUGGAUAUCUGGUAUGGUAUUUAAUGGGGAUAGUUCAAUUGAGCACAUCCUUUCCUUUUUUAUUCCCUUCCACUAUUUUUCCUGUUUUCCUCUUCUUUUCCUUUGGGUUUAUGCUGCUAUUUUGUCAAUUAGGUACUGAGCGUGGAGGCCUUACUUUCAUAGUUAUAUGAAGUGGGUUGUACCCGAAAUUUUAGCUCUCUAUGCAACUUCUUAUAGCUAAAUAUUUUAUUGGCGAGCGAUUUGUUGGAAAGCCACAAAAAUUUAUGUGUGUUUGUUUGGUUUUCUUUUCUUAAACCAUUUUUCUCAGUCGUAUUGUGAUUUCUUAUGCCAGUGUUUUGAUUUCUUUCUUCCUGUCGUAUUGGCACUGUGAGUGUGAGUAAUAUAGCAUAUUAGCAUGUUGUCUCUUUAUCUAAUUCAUGAAAUGUAAUCAUUUUUGUGAUGCGAGAAUCAAUGGGUUUAAAUGCAAAAUCCCUGAAUACAAUCAUCAUCAUCAUCAUCAUCGUGAACACGAUCUGGGCACUCCUAGCUGGCUGUGACCUGGCUUCCGGCUGGAACGAUCGACACCUGUGAGGAAGGAGGAAGUGAAGGGUUCCCGGGGAGAUAUCCCGGUGGGAACACUCCAACGGCUAAGUUAGGACUGGAGAAGAAUCUCAAAGAGAGAGUAGAGAGUAAGAGUGCUGAAAGUGCUUAAGCUUCAAUACCUUUGCUUCGCGAGGGUGGUAGUCCUUUUAUACCGGAGGUCGGUCACAUCAGGUGUAACCGUCACUGCCCUAGCCGUUACUGCCAGGAUUGAGGUGGCAGGUGCAGGCCGCCAUUGCGGGCUGCUGCUGCAGGGUACAGACUCGUCAGGCGUGCUAUGCUUUUCAAGGACAACAGGCACGACGCCGCCUGGCAAGAGAUGUGGGCACUGCCACCAGAUCUGGCAGGUACGGAUGUCAGGCGGAUCUUCCCUACAGGCUACCGAACUACUCUGAUUCGGCAGGUACGGAUUCUGCGGAUGCAGUCCCAAGGUACUUCUCCCUCAGGACACUUAGCCAAAAGCUGAGAUGCCCCCUCCUCAAGAGUGGAGAGCUCGGGGCUCCCUAGGAGAGGAGAGUUUGGGGCUCAAGGGGAGCUCGGGCUCCUUCGCGGGGAGUCCGGGUCCCUUAGGGCUGCGGGAGAUCGGCGCGCUUAGGCCUUGCGCUCGGGGCGGGCUGAGCCUCGCUUCCUAGCGAGCUGUUAUUCCCGCUGAGUCGCUUGGUCGGGCUUCGUCGAGCUUGUUACGCCGGGUUGCGGCCAGGUUGUCAUGCUAAGUUGCUGUUCAUGCCAGGUCAUGUCCACGUGUCCCCGUGUUACGAGGUCGUGCCAAAUCACCCUACAUCAAUUGCCCCCCCACUCCCCGUGCUAGGGGUGCUGACCUCAGUGCGGGGAGUCCGAGGUCUGCCGGGUGGAUUUGGCUCGGGGUCUAAGCCUUCUUGUCUGCCAGCUCAUAGGUUGGACCGGUUCCCUGCUCGGUUUAGCCAGGCGUAGCUCGGGUAGCAUACAGUCUACGCGCGGACGUCACGCGAUUUAUAGACUCCGCGGAUGCCAAAAAACGCGCUAAACUAAUUUCGUCUCGAAGGUCGUGCAACCGGUUUUCAUGAGGGCCGUCAGAUUGCUUUGAUCUCAACCGUUGAUGCCCGCGGAUAGUGGCUAUAUAGUGGGGGUCCUGGUCAUUUUCCUUUGCCACAAAUCUUCAGCUGUAGUCUUGAGCUCGCGUCCAAAGCCUCUAGCUCGGGUCAGUUCCUUUCCAGUUCGGUCUUACUUCUCUUUGGUGAGUCAUCCUAGCUCUUCCUUGGUUUCAAUUAUGUCUUCUUUCAAUAGCCUUUUGGACGAGCCCGAGGUGGGUACCUCGGCUCAGGGUAACCCGCGCCUCGGGUCGCCAGGCAUCCACCUCUCAUCGAGUUCGGAUGCCGGAUAGGUUCGGGCCCUCCACCAUGACCUUGGAGAGGCUCCGCGAGCUCAUUCAGCAAUACAACUUGCCAGGGGAGUACACCUACAGUUUACCUGCGGGGAACUUCCCAUGGGAGCACGACCCUGACGAGGUCGUGAUCUUCCGAGAGCAGCUCAUAGCCGGGCUGCGUCUUCCCUUCCAUCCACUCUUAGUGGAGGUCUUGAAACAUUUCAAUGUUACGAUAGACCAGCUUCACCCGAACUCGGUCCGUAACGUGGCUGGGACCAUCUCUCUUUGUUAUGAGUAUGUCAUCCCCCUUGACUUGGACAUACUCUGCUCCAUCUUGACCAUCAAGAAGAGCGCUUCAUGUGUUCUUCCCGAGCACAGGAGGGCUUACUACUUGUCCCCCCGCCCGGGCUUUAAGCUAAUGCACAAGCUUCCUAGCAAGGUCCCGCCCUGGAAGUAGGACUACUUCGUAGUCCGGAACCCCGCGGGGUGGCCCUUCCCUACUCACUGGAGGUCGGCUAUCCAAGACCUUGGCGUCAUACUCGACAAGAAGACCAGGGAGGCAUUCCAAUCGUGGACUGAGGUCGGCUGUGAUUUCAGAGAUUAUAUCAAAGAGGGUAUGCUCUUCCCGGCCGGCUUGAGCCCGGGUCCUAUGGAGGCAGAUAAACUCAAGGGAGACCGGCUUUUUAAACACAUGAAGGGGAGGAAGAAGCGGGCUGCCAAGAGAGCUCGUAUCGAGUCGCCGCCUGCCCCCACUCCCGAGCCCCAGCUUCCACAGGCUCCAAUUUCUGAGCCUGAGCUCCCCGGGGCUCCUCCAAUUUCUGAGCCUGGGGCCUCGGCUGAGACCGUAGUGAGGUCAGCAACUGAGGCCAAGGUUGCCACCGGGGCUGCUAACGUUGCAGCUGAAGUCUCCGCCAAGCCUAUUCACACAGCCGAGACGGCUGUCUCCAGCUUGGGGAGCCCAGAUGGGGUCCAAAGCAUCUUGCUCCCUCAAUGCGGUCUUCGAAAGAGCAAGGGGGCCACUUACUCCGAGGAGAUUGCGGUUUGGGCUGACAUGCUCAAUCCUUCUCAUCUCGGAGCCCGGGCUGCCACCCACACUAUGGUGGCGAACUCCGUCGUGCACGCACUUACUCUUCAGACCGAGAGGUACCUGAAGCAGGCUUUGAUUGCCGAGGAAUCUUCCCGCGUUGCCCAUACCGAACUGAGGAUGGCUCGUGAGCAGAUCCACCGGUUGGAUAGCGGUGCCAUGGCCCAGAGGGGCGUCAUCACAGCGCUGACAGAGGAAAAGGACGGGCUAGCUCGUGAGAACAGCGAGCUGAGGGGCAAAAUGGAGGCCCUUAGAGCGGAGCAGACACGCGAGAAGGGCGUGCUGAGGGGCGAGCUGGACGCCCUUAAAGUAGAGGCUGAAGGCCUUAAGGAAAAGGAGAAGGUUCUUCUGCACGAGGUGGAGUUCCUCAAGGCGGAUAUCGCAGAGAAGACCAAGAUCUUUACCCAGGCGAUAGAGGAGACGAAGGUCAAGGCUGUCUCUGAGUAUAUUCAGUCCGAUAAGUUCGAUGCCAUUCUGGGGGAGGCCUACCGCAAGGGGUUCAAGCUUAACAGAUGGUUGAUAAGGCAUACGUACCCUGAGCUCGACACAAGCGCCAUCACCACCUCGCGAAUCACGAGCGAGAUAGCUCGUCAAGCCGCGGAGGAUCCGGACUCAGAGGAGAAGGGUGGUGACGAAGAAGCUGAUACCCCUGACCAGCCCGAAGCUCCUGGGGGUGGAGAGCCCCCGAAGUAAUUGCCCUUGCAUUCCGAGCCUGCGAGCUCAAUCCUUGUAUUUUGUUUUUUCUUUUUGUUGAGCUCGUUGUAUAAAAUUUUACAUGUUAAUGAAAUUGACCCUUUUCUAAGUGAUCUUUCUUUUCUACAUAUUGCCUUAUCCGAGCUUGUCAUGGUUGUGUGUGGAUUGGUUUGUCGUAGUAAGGCAUAGUAGGGUGCAUGUCCGAACUGCCUUGCGGCGUACACCGA